UCUCUCUCAAUCAUCAUCAACAAUGGCUACAUAUUAUUCCCUCUAAACCCUGAAACAUUUUAAAGGUCAUCAGUCAAUAGGAACAAAUUCUCACACUACUUAAAUAUCAUUAGGGCCAGCAGACAGAACAUGACAUGACACAUGAACAGUUAAUUGUGGUCAAGUCGGGCCCUGACAUGGACAAGCUGAAUCUGUCACGGCAACAACAGCCCUGCUGCAGAUGCUGCCUGCCUGCCUCCCAGCGACAGGACAGGAAGGACUGUUGCUGUGCUAUUGAUUACAACAGUAGCCACAUCAUACUCAAUGUACUUCAUAUAAAUGCAUAGACCUGCACAGGGCGCACACCAACUUAGCUGGACUUGCUUACAGGGGUGGGUCUAACAGGUAUUAAAAUGGUCCUUGGCAAAUCCUGUUCAGUUACUACAAAGCUGGAGCAAGUCUUGACAUUGUUAUAAGCCUACAAUAGCCCGGGCAUAAAGAUAAGCUGGGGACGGCUUCAUUAACAUGGACUACCUCGGUGGGGAGACCACAUGCACUACAGGAUAGAGGAAUAGGAAGCAUGGCUGUUCAAUGACCCCCAGCUGACCAUAUGUGGCAGCAAGAUACAAGAACCAUAUUCCUGAACCCCUCAUCACCAUCACAACAGCUGUGCUAACAUCAAUACAAUCCAAGAUGGCUGCCAUCCAGAGCAGACGGCUUGAUUGACAGAAGGGUGUGCCGGGAGAUUUCUGGCCACUUGGCCAGAUACUUUGGUACAUCUUUCACUGAAAAUAUCCCGUGACGAUGUUGCGACGACUAUGGCGACGUCCCCUGUUUCUAGUCACUAUCGCCUUCAUCAGCGGCAUCAGCACCCUCUUCUGGCUCAAGGACGAGUCAACUCACCAAGACAAAAGAAUCCACCAGCUUAAAAUUCAGGAGAGCGUCAUUCUGUCCAACCCUAACACCGAUGUGCUCAAGGGGGAUAACUCUAUUCACACCAUUACGCACAUGAAGAAAAUUCCCAAAGUCUACAUCUACGACCUUCCGCCCAAGUUCAACAUGGACAUUAAAAACUGUAUAUCUCCAAGAAUAAGUGACCACAUUAGCUGCUUCAACUUCAGUAACAAUGGCUUUGGUGAUUUCCUGUACGAGAAAGGCGAUAUGCGGGUACAUAACACAAAUCAAUUCUCCCUGGAAGUGGUGAUGCAUCACCAGCUGGCCAACAGCCGAUACCGAACUUAUGAUCCAAAGGAAGCUGACGUGUUUUAUAUCCCAUCAUACAUUGGUGUCAUGUUCUUCUGCAAAAGACUCAGCGCGAACGUGUCGUCAUUGACAACCGAGCUGUUCGAGAUGCUAGACACAUGGCCUUAUUUCAAACAGGGGAAACCUCACUUCGCAGCCUUGGCUAAAAUCGAACGAGAACAAUCUUCAACUAGAUAUCCCUACCUGAAGAAUCCACACUGUCAAAAUGUGACGUUUUUGGCCAUAGAAAAAGAAGCAAUGAUAUCGUGGAGAAGUCAAAUUGGACUACAGAAACAGCGAAUUAUCGUAGUACCCUACCCAUCGUACGUGCAUCGUAACACAUUAUAUACGUCCUCACAGGCCAUAAACUCCCCUGGUUUGGACGAGAGGAAAGUCUUUUUAUUCCUAGCCUCGAGCACCAGAAGGAGCAAUUUCUUCCGAGCCAUUCUCAUCGAUCAGUUUCAAACCAAAAUAACAGGUACGAGUAAAGCAAAGUAUUUAGAAAAUGCUACGACACUUCCAGAACAGCUAAUGCUGGUGACUACUGAGUGUUCUAUAACCCAUUUGAACAUUACCGUGGAAUGGAUGGAGAAUUCGGUGUUUUGUUUACAGCCACAGGGAGAUUCCCCAACUCGUAAGAGCUUCUACGACAGUAUUCAAAGUGGCUGUAUUCCUGUGAUUUUUAAAUUCAGUCAUCAGGAUGUGGUUUAUCCAUUUCAGAGUGUUCUAAAUUAUACAGAUUUCGCUGUAAGUGUUGAAUCACAUCACAUACAAAACAAACGAGAGAAUAUACUUGAUAUUUUGAAAAAGAUACCAAAAUCUGAGAUAAGACGGCUGCAGAAGAAUCUGGUACUUGUUGCUAGGCAACUUCAAUAUAGUGUCCCGGAUAUGGUUCCGAUUGCCAACAAAAAGAAGCAACAUUUUGUUGAUGCUGUUGAUAUGAUAAUGUAUGAGAUAUCCAAAAUAUACAAUCUGAAGUGAAAA